UGUUUGUAAAAAGCUAUAAUUAUAUGCUACGUGCUAGGGAAAGGUGAAAACAAUAUGGAAGGAAAGUCUAAUGCCUACGGUGGUGUGUAUUGAACGGUUACCGCAGGCAACUGGAACGUACACACCAAGCAUGGCACAAAAUGGCGAGUGAUUCCAGUGAAGAAGGAUAUUUGUUGACACCGGAAGAAUAUGAUGUACCCAGAGAAGUUAAAGAUACUCCAAUUCAAGCAAAUAGUACAAAUGAGGACGUGUGUAACGUAGAAGACAUACCCAACCGGAGCAAUGCAACUAAAGAAGUAACACAGGCUGAUCUUACAUCAUCCGACAAUGAUGAAGAAUCAAAACAACGACAUAGAAGUUCAACAGUGUCACCCUAUCCCUCUAAUUCAACUCAGGAGGAUUAUUCACGCACUAAUAGUGAUGCUGGAAAUCAAGAGAGAAACAAUCGUAGUAUACCGGAUUUUACACAAAAUGACAUAACUGCAGCUGGUGUAGUUGUAACUGAAAUGCAAGCUUGCCGUAAUGUAGAAAUUUACAAAUGUCUAAAUAAAAUAUCCGAGGGAACAUAUGGUUCUGUCUAUAGAGCCCUAGAUACAGAGACUGGAAACAUUGUUGCUUUGAAACAUAUAAAAUACCAUGAAGGACACUGGAAAGAAGGAUUCCCUGUAAGCUAUUUGAGAGAAAUAUCCAUAUUGCUUGAACUCAGACAUCCAAAUGUACUCAGUGUAAAAGAAGUUGUUACCAAUGAAGCUAGGGAUCAAUAUUAUGUGGUAAUGGAAUAUGUAGAACAUGAACUCAAAACAUUGUUGCAUGAUGGGAAACCCGAUUUCACACUAUCGGAACGUAAGUGCUUGCUUUAUCAGCUGCUCCGUGGUGUAGAAUACCUGCACUCCCACUGGGUUCUACACCGAGAUUUGAAAACGACAAACAUAUUGUAUAAUAAUAAGGGGGUACUAAAAAUAUGUGAUUUUGGAAUGGCCAGAAAGUUUGGACGACCCCUGAAAAAUUAUACCCAAAAUGUAGUUACGCAUUGGUAUAGAGCGCCUGAACUAUUUCUUGGCCAGAAUCACUACGAUGAAGCAGUGGAUAUGUGGUCAGUCGGUUGUAUAUUUGCCGAAAUAAUAUGUGGAAAGCCAAUGUUCACGGGUUCAUCCGAUGCAGAUACCCUGGAUAAAAUAUUUAGAUGCUGUGGAACUCCAAAUAAUGAAACGUGGCCAGGAUUUAGCGAAUUGCGUCUAGUAAAAGAAGGAAAGUUUCCAAUAAGUAAACAUAAGCCCAAUUUCCACGCAUUCUUCAAGAAUAAUUUAACAAGCAAUGACCAAUGCUACAUGACCGAAGCAGGUCUGGAUCUCCUAAUGAAAAUGCUAACGUUAAACCCAUCAAAACGUAUAAGUGCUAAAGAAGCAAUGGAACAUCCCUAUCUUACUACGGAAAAACCCAGGACACAGGCAAUCGAACUUAUGCCUACUAUACCGGAUACAAAUGCUAAAAUAAGAGUAAAAAGAUCUCCUGAUGAAGAAUCAAACAAGAUGUCAAGAUUUGCUGGUAGAGUUAACCCAGUUAAGUUCUUAGCUCUUAUGGAAAGGAAUAGAUCAAAAAAAACAAGUCGGCAAUUUGAAUAAGGACUAGAGAGCAUGUACAUAUGACGUUAGUCACUGAAAAUUUUUUGAUACAGUUGAGAUUUUAACGUGUGAAGAAUUGAUAACAAUCCUUUCUCAUUUCCGUACAGGGCGUGUCUUUAGCGUAUAAAGCAUAGAUCCGAUAUCAAGACUCAGACCAAAGAGACAUAUACGAAACGUUAUAUUACUAUUAAAUGGGAUAAAUGAAUGUCAUAAUAUACCAAUCGAAUCGUUCAAAUGCGCCAAUCUAUAU